AUGCCAGUUGACGAGGCUAGGGCCGCUGAACUCAAAGCUCGCCUGAAAGAGCAGGACGAGAUCAUCCGCGAGUCCUGGGUCCGCGCAAUGGAGGCCAAAAUUGUGCGUGACAACAUCACCAAGUGCUACCGCAUCGAGGGCGUGAACCAUGGCGAGAAGUGCAAGGAGCUGGUGGACAGGUAUGCUGUGAUGCUGAAGGAGAACAGGGUUCAAGGCUACAAACACAUUGAUGUAUAG